UUUUCCACGUCCUCUUCUUAAACACGUAUUACAUGUGAAGAGGGCACUGGUAUAAAUAGGAAGCUGAGCUUCGUUUGUAAUUCAUUCACUCAUAUAAUAAAAUCUUCUCUUCUAUCUUCAUGUCAUCUUCUCUCUCGAACAUGGUAUCCAGAGCAACGUAUUUCCGCUGAUUUUGUGCUCUUCAAUGGCGCCUCCAACACCUCCACUCAAGCAACAACAACAUCAGCCUCCUUAUGAGGACGCAUCUAGCCCUUAUUUUCUGCCGCACAGUGAUAAUCCUGGUGUGCAGCUGGUUACGCAGCAGUUAAAUGGUUCCAAUUACUCAAAUUGGCACCGAUCUAUGACAACGGCGCUUAUAGCGAAGAAUAAGCUGGCGUUUGUCGACGGAUCUCUCGAGCAUCCUCACCACACUGAUCUGCUAUUCACGCAAUGGAUGCGGUGCAAUAGUAUGGUGGUUUCCUGGCUUCGCAAUUCGGUAAUUCCUGAAAUUAGUUCAAGUAUUAUGUACAUUGAUGAUGCUUACCACAUUUGGAAUGAUCUUCGGGAACGAUUUUCCCAAGGAAAUCUAGCUCGUAUAUGUCAGUUAAAACAGCAGUUGUUCAAUCUCAAGCAAGGUGCAGAGGAUGUGAGUACUUAUUUUACUAAUCUCCGCAUUCUCUGGGAUGAGUAUAAGGAUUUUCAGCCUUCUCGCUGGUGUACCUGUGAUCAUUGUCGAUGUCACAGCGCGCGUAGAUGGAAUGAUUUUCAGAUGCAGGAAUGCUCCAUGCAAUUCCUAAUAGGAUUAAACUCUACCUAUUCUCAGAUCCGGUCUCAAAUUAUCUCAACCACUCCUUUUCCAUCACUGUCAAAGAUAUUUUCUCUUGUGUUGCAGGAAGAGAGGCAACGAUCUAUAGAAUUUGGUCUUCCCCAAUCUUCUUUAACUAAUACUGAAGUUCAGGGAUCUCUUAUUAAUGCCACGGGUAUAGCUCGAGGUAGAGGUGGCAGAGGCAAGUUUCUUUGCACACAUUGUGGCAAAACCAGUCAUACAGUGGAUAAAUGCUUUGAGAUUAUUGGAUAUCCACCAGGUUAUGGAAGGGGAAGAGGAAAGCCUCAAGGAUUUUCUACUGAUACUAUGUCAAGGUCUGCUAAUCAGUUAAGUUCUGGUGAUACUAUGAUUACUCAAGCUCAGGGAGUUGUUCCCCCCUUCUCUACUGCAGAUAUGACUCGCAUGAUCUCUUUCUUACAAAGUCAGAUGCAGGCUCAUUCUUCUUCCACAAACACUCAGAUCUCCCCUGCUUCCAUCAAGGAUGGGAAAGUUUUUGGAGAUGCUUCUGCUCCUGCCAGCAUGUCUCCUCCAUUCAGUGGAAGCUUCUCGGGAGACUGUGAUUGGGAAGGGUAAUAGAGUUGGAAACCUCUAUGUCUUAGAAGCCACUCUUGCUCCUUCUAUCAACUCUACUGCACCUCUUAUUUCUAGUGUAUCUGCUGAUCUGUGGCACAAUAG